ACAGUCGCCCCAAAACUUCACUAAGAACAACACGCGCCCUGCCUGUGCUCACAAUAAAUAAAUAAAACUUGCGUAUUCAAUUUGUGUCCUUUAAAGCUGUGUAUAAAUUGUGUGUGUGUGUGUGUAUAAUUGUGUUUGUGUUUUGCGUGAAUUGUCCUGUGUUGUUGUGUAUAAGCGGGAAUGAGUUGUGCGUUGUUAUUCCGUCGUGUGUGAACCUAAGGUGGAAAGGUUUUGGAUGUGUUCUCGAGUGAUGGAGUGAAGGCGAAUGGGUCUGGCCGCAGCGCUGCUGGAGGCGGCGGCGCGCGGUGACGCGGCCCGGCUCGCGAGCCUGCUCAACGCUGACUCGAGAGACGUCAAUGCUACCGAUGAGAAUGGCUGCACAGCAUUACAGCGCGCCGCAGCUGACGGACACGUCGAAGUCGUCACACUGCUCCUCCAGCACGGAGCUGAUCCGAACAAACAAGAUCACUUGCACGGCAAUACAGCAGCGCACGAGGCCGCGUGGAAGGGUUACUCCAGGUGUGUGGGGCUGCUGGCGCGGGCCGGAGCCGAUCUCCUCGCUAGGAACUCGGCCGGCUUCGUGCCGCUGCAUCUUGCCUGUCAGAACGGACACAACCAGUCCUGCAGAGAGAUUUUGCUCGCUGGCGCGCCGCCGGACUUACAGAAUAAUUAUGGCGAUACAUCGUUACACACAGCGGCGCGAUACGGCCAUGCCGGCGUCACUCGCAUCCUCAUCUCAGCGCAAUGCCGCGUCUCCGAGCAAAACAAGAACGGCGACACGGCUCUCCACAUCGCUGCAGCCAUGGGAAGAAGGAAAUUAACACGCAUACUCCUGGAAGCAGGCUGCGACAAAUCCAUCAGGAACCACCAAGGGGAAACAGCAAGAGAUAUCGCAACCAGGAAAGGACUCGAAGAGAUCAUCCAAAUACUGAACACUCCUGUCGCUAAACAACAAAAGAAAAAACGAGACAAAAGCAAAGAGAGAACUUUAGAUGAACCUGACGACGGAAAGAAGAAAGAUAAAGUUAAAGACAAGAAAAAGAAGAACGUACAUUUUGAAACGCCCCAAGUUCCCUGGUCCCCAUACGGGUGUCAUUACUAUCCCGAUCCUAAAUACUUCCCAAAGCCUAGGUUGAGCUCGCUACCCACCGAACCAUUAAGAAAAGGCGAACAGUACUUCCUAGACUUAGCUGGAAACAUAAAAAAGGGCCCAAUAGGUGCAGGCUACACGUGCUAUUGUGCUCCAUUCUUCAAGCAUAUGGAGGACAAACUGAACGAAGAUAAGAAAGACUUAAAGAAACAUAUAGACAGAGCUCAUGAACGAUUAGAUCAGAAAGUUACCGAUCUAGAAAUGAAGACUCAAGGACAAAUAUCUGAACUAACUAGAUUCGUGGCAGCAGAAAGGGCGUUGUGUAAAGAACGGCACAUACACCUGGAACAGUGGCUUACACGUGGGAUGAUGUUCAGGGCUUCGGAGCGCGCGAGAAAACCAGACUUUAGUCCUAGAUGCUCAAUAGACAUACCUCCACUGAAAAGAACGAGAAGUCUUGAGUUCUUAGACACUGAAGAACGUACUAGGGUAAAUCAAAUUGUCAGGAAUUUCAAUAAAAAUGCUGAACAUUAUGAGAGCGAUCCUAAAGACUUAAACGACAGUAAAACGACGUCUAAAAGCACUGAGGGUCUGGAUAGCAAAAGCUCACAAAGUCCAAGGCGAAGGCAUUUCCUGAAGAAUUCCAAGAGUACCGACCAUUUAGACGCAGGUCCCAGUCGACUAUCGCGACCUCCUCUACCGUUUCAUGUACCUCAAGACCCAAACCGCUUACAUAACGUUACAGCAGAGAUUCAUAUUAAAGAUAAUAAAGUGUCCGUGUCCAAAUCACCUUCACCGAUGACGGUUCAAACGAAACCUACAUAUAAUCAAAGAUAUGUAUCUCCUAGUCGUCUGUCAGAUCCUAAGUCACACGUUGCUACCGACCCUGAAGAUAGGAUACAGCCAGAACCAAAUGUAUCAUGGAAGAGCCAGGUAUUGCAAAGAACGGCUGAUGACAUUCGAAAAAGAGUAGACCUAGAGAAAGAGGUGUCUGGGGUCGCAACUCGAAACCCCAAGGCGUUAGAUAUUUCUCAAGACGGUUACGUUAAGCUACGAAAACAAAACUACCACGCUAACGAAGGACCCAGGAAAUCAGUGCAGGAAUUAGUAGCGCAAGUUGAACAGCAGAAAGGAAUUGCUCACGAGCAAAUGUUAAGAAAACCACCGAUUGAUAGUCCAGACUUCAUAGUACAGCCUAGUCCUAGUGGCAUUUUGAAAAUGCCCCAACAACCUCAGCGACCCGCUCCAGUAUUGAAAGAAAAGCCACCGAAGACCAAACGUUUUAGUUUGCACAACUUAAUUCCAUUCCCAACGAGAAAAUCCUUCCAAAGCCCACCUCAAGAAAAUGGGAACAAUUCUGAAAGCAGCGACGAAGAGGACAAUCCGAUACGUAGUUCAGUUCAGCCUGGUCCUAUGAGAAAUACUAACUUACUACAAACACUUCCCAUGCCAAACUACGAGACUAUGUCUGGAAAGUCACAAUCACCGGCACCAACACAACCUCCCACUUACGACUUACGUACAAUGAUACCGAAAGAUGCAUAUUUCCACGAAAUACCGAAUCGACAACCUUACUUGGACAAUGGUCACUACACUCAAACGCCAUACGACUUUAACCAAUCAGGUUUGCCCAACGCGGUCCAAGCUCGAAGCAGGAACCCGCUAUACCACAACAACACCGGUGUGUUCGAUGCCAUGAUGCAAGACCAUAUCUACAGGGAAAUGGAACGCAUUCCACAUUGUUACAGCCAACAUUUGGACCAGAACACCGAAGUUGAGAUCGCUAAUCAGAACGAUCUUCGUUAUUACGACAAUCGUCCAGGAAUGUUCCCGAGAAACGUAAGGAAGCCAGCUCCAGACCACAGUUUGUUGCACAGUCGACUGCAAUCGUUGGCCAUAAACACACAUUUGACGGAAACCCAAAGCCAGACCGACCGGGAAUCGCACAAUGAUUCCGGUUACAGUACAAAGGUGUACGGCAGCUCACAAGGCCCUUCUCCGAGUUUAUCUGGGCACGUGGACGAUAAUUUAUCUGGUCAACGUGUAAAUGUAGGUAGCGGGAAAUCUGUCGCACAUAUGGGUGCAUCGAGCUUAGUGUAACAUCCCGAUCUUGCCUUCCAGGUGAUUGUUAAUUACACUAAACGAUUGAGAGCAGUCACUUAUUAGUAGAGUCUCGAAGUACACAAUAGGAUAAAAUAUACUACAUAUUUUAGUUUUCACAAAGCACAGAGAAUACUUUCUAGAUAUUUUAGUUCUAAUGUCUUAAGAUUUGUGUUUAUUAUUAUAAUUGGAUUUCGACCAUUAUCGACAUAUGAUAAUAAUUAUUGACAAUAUUCAUUUGAUGUAAUACAUUUCCUUUUUUUUGUUAUUAACACUUAAAAAAACUGGUUGUUUCGAAAAUAAAUUUAAUAAUACAUACUAAUUGCUCGUCAAUAGCUAUUAUAUAAAAACAAAAAUAGAUUUGCAUUUGUGCAAAAAAUACGGUCUUUAAGUUUAGUAAGCAAAAAAGGCGCAAAAUGUUAACUCAGUACAAACCAGAUAACACGCGGCAUUCGCUAUCUUGGUCGAGUGUCCUCUGGUAUUCAAAGAGAGUUCAUUGACCCAAUCUUUUUUUCACUUGAUAUUGAUGGUUGAAAAACGGAAAUAAUAAAACAAUGUGUAUCUAUAGUUUUGUUUAGCAAGCUAAUGAUGUUGUUCUCAUGUUAGUAUCGCUUUGAUGCGAAUUCAUGGCCUAGAAGAUGCUUAGUGGAUUAGACAUCACAGUGUGAAUAUCCACUUUGGAUCAUGGUAUUUUUUUUAUUUUAUUUUUUCUGCCUAAGCUCCAUCAGCUUCAAUUUCAAUUUAGAAAUUUGGCGGGUUUAAUUUUUGUUACACGAAAUUAUUCCUUUAUUGUGUACGACGUUCGUUAUAUAGAAAAAUCGGUAAUCGAUUCGAAUACAAUACUAGAUACCUAGUACAUCGGACUUCACUCUUAUCCCUAAUGGUAUCGUUUGACUUUUUUUUCCUACCUAUAGCCUUGAGAGGCUAUAUAUCAGCUUCGCCCUAACGUGUAGGUGAGCUCACGGGGCUCAAACCGGAGUGGCGCUAACGCUGGCCCUAGUAAGAGCAGUGCUUCGCAGAAUCUACCACCGGAUCGGAAACGCAACCCACUGAGAAGAUCCGGCGAGAAACUCAGUGGGCUGUGUCCAUGGGUUAGUUUGACUAAUAACCUCGCUUCGUCGUAUUUUAUUAACAGACGCUAAGAGCACAUCAAUCAAUUACUAUACGUAAAUAGUAAACGUUCUAAGUACAAAUUUAGAUAUACACAGAUGCCAUCACAAAAUAUUUUUAAGCUUAUAUUGUUAUAAUUAAAGUAAGUUAUAAUAACUUAGGUUUGUAUUUUUUUUUUUGGAUUAAAAUGCCAUUCUAUGAACAUCAGCCGUAUUCUGUUCGUGUUAUCUGAACUUUUUUUGUAAUAAAAUAUUUUAAUUGUCAUGUAGUAAAACGUAAUUCGUCAAUGCCGAUCCAAUUAUUUAAAUAAUUGUAACAUUUUCUAAUCAUUUCAAUUCAUUGAUGCUCAAGAGGACUUGACAUUAAUAAAUACGUGACAUCUGACAUUUACAUACAUCAUUAUUCAAUUUCUACGUAUCGAAACCAUGAACUACAAAUCAUAUGAAUAAAUAUCUAAUUUGUCUAAGUCCAAGAUAUUCUUUCGUAAGGCUUUACUUGCUUUGUGACCCUGUUAAUGUUUCAUGUCAACGGCUACUAUAAUACCCCAUAUUUUUUCUAUUUUUCUUUAAAUAUUCAAGUCCCUGUGUAAAUAUAGAGAUUUCGAUGCAUCUAGUUUUACUUGGUAUUUUUGUCUUAAUUAUUUUAGUGUGCCCAAUAGUAAAAAUAGACUCGGGCAAAAAGUUACUUAAACUAUUUAGUUUUAUCAACAUUAUUGUGGUAAUUGCCGUAGGUUUUGGAAAUUACAAGAUGGAUUGUCGAAUCGUUGUAGUUUAGGCAGCGGCUUGGCUCUGCCCCUGGCAUUGCUGAAGUCCAUGGGCGACGGUAACCACUCACCAUCAGGUGGCCGUAUGCUCGUCCUACAAGGGCAAUAAAAAAAAAACUCGCGAAGGUUACACUUUUAAAAUUAAAUAUGUAACUAAAUUUUUUUUUUAUAUCUCUAGAUGGAUAAACGAGCUCACAGUUCACCUGGUAUUAAGUGGUUACCGGAGCUGUAUAUCACAAUGUGAAUCGAACACCCACCUUGAGACGUGGUGUCAAAGACUCAAUUAUAUUGUACUAGCGACCCGCCCUCGCUUCGCUACGGAAACAUUAAAACACACAUGAAACUAAAAAAAUAAAAUAAAAAAAAAUUAAAAAAGUAGCCUAUGUUCAUCAGGGACAACGUCGGCUUCUAAUGGAAAAAGAAUUUUUCAAAUCGGUCCAGUAGUUUUGGAGCCUAUUCGAAACAAACAAACAAACAAAUCUUUCCUCUUUAUAAUAUUUUAUAUAUUGUACAACAGCUCCCACACUUUGAACCUGUAACUCACAAUACGACCAGUCGCCAAUUGAAUGUUUAUAUUUUUUAAGAUUCCAUUUCACUGUCUUUUUUUUAAAUUUACUAAGCCUAAACGGAACACAGAUUAUAAAAUUUAUAUACAAACCAUAGAUUCCCUUACUUUGAAACUUGCAAUAACUGAAAUGUCAAAGAGUUAAUUAAAGAUGCUAAUUUGUAGUGUUUAAGCGAUGCACUUACACAAUAUUAUGUCAAAUAAUUUUGUAUUUAUUGUUUUACAGUUUUCUUUGUACAAAAGAUUGUUUUUUUUUUUACUAAUCGAGUCUAAUAAAUUGCACUUUUGAAGUGUCACACCUAAA